AUGAAAAUGACCGGUCCAGGCGCAAGAACUGUUCGAACUCGGAACUCCCGCCCUCAGCGUCAGCGCGAGGCAUACUUGGAGCAGAGAGCCCGGAUUUACUACCAGGCUACCCACCCCGCUCUGGUCGGACCACGUCAUCCAUGCGCGCCCCCUGUCCGUCACCCCAGAACACUGACCGUAAUCAUCCGCGGAGCUCUCCCCGAGUCCCGUGGGCUCGGAACACCAGCCAGACCCGCGUUAGGUACACAAGGAGUUCUUCGAAGCCCCAGCGGUGGCCAGAAUAUUGAUGAAGAAGAGCGAAAAAAGAUGCGCGCGGCUGCAUUCUUGCGAGUUUCUUUACUAAUUUCCAGGAGAGCACCCGUGGCAAACCGUUGAGGCGUUAU